ACCUCUAGCUGUACAAAAGGCAUCAGCGCCGUAUGAGAGUGAUUGUGGUUCACUGGUUCCUAGAGCCAUUCGCAGGAGUACCGUGUUUACCAAACAUUUGUGAUUUUUAUCAGUGAUACCGAGAGGAAAAUAAGUUGGGCAGACGAGUGAAACAAAUUUAUUGGUGGUUGUUAAAGGAAAAAGUGGACAAGAUGCGGCAAAAAGUUUGGAAAAGGCCCAGAAUAGCGUUUCUCGUAGCGAUCGUGCUGUUAGGAGGAUGCUUCAAUGUAGUGCAAAGUAUCUACGAUCCAAGGACGUCGCCACAACAGAACCACGUUCAUAUGAUGCCGGAAAUGCACGGUUCUUAUAGUCAGGUACACCAUCAUCGGCCGUACGAAGCGGAGACUACGUACUACACCCCAAUGGUCCGUCAGUAUGCACCGGUACAAAGGCAGCAUCAUACAGUGCAACAGCACGGCCCGUCGGCUCCACUUUACCAACCGGGAGUACCGCUAGCACCUUUUCCUAGAGAUGGACAGCGUGCACCGGAAGCUAAAGCUCGAGCUUUACCGUACACCCAGCAGCAGCAAUCGGUCCCCUUAGCCUCUCGCUCGAGCUUUGGAUACGGUGCGGAGGAUCGUUUGAUCGGCGAAACGUUAUCUGCAAAACCUGCUGUCCGCGCUCCGAUCCACCCAUCCCUUAAGGACUUUGACGGUAUCAACUGCCCGGAGGGUAUGACUGGUCAUUUCGUGUACGCAAUGGACUGCCGCCAGUUUCUAAACUGCUGGAAAGGACGCGGUUUCAUUCAGAGCUGUGCACCCGGUACUUUGUUCAAUCCGGAGACACGUGAAUGCGAUCAUGCUUCUAAGGUAAGCUGUCUACCCGCACCGGUAUCUCUGAAUGGUAUUAGACCAGCCACCGAAACCCGUGAGGCUCCGAAACUUGCCGCUUACACCGCACCGAAGCAGGAGCAAGAACCGGUGUGUCCGCCGGGUGUUAUCGGACUACUACCCCAUCCAACCGACUGCAGGAAGUUUGUAAACUGUAAUAAUGGUGCUCGCCACAUUCAAGAUUGUGGUCCGGGUACGGCUUUUAAUUCGCGAAUUCUCGUAUGUGACCACAUCUAUAACGUAGACUGCGACAAUACGGAGAACAUUAUACUCGGUAUCAACCGGCCACAAAUUCCGGUACCACAGAGUCCUACUCCUCCUCGAGCUCAUUAUCCCACGCAGGCUUCAGCCGGAUCCCAACCCGUAUCUGUUGUCGUUCAGCCUGGUGGUUCUCCGGGAGGUUAUGAUACCAGUGGACAACAAUCCAUUCAUCCCGAUGUAGAAGAAAUUGAACUUCUGAAAGAAACCACAGCGGAUGGUAAUGAAUAUGACGAUAACAGGGAUCAAGAUGCCGAAUAUGGAGGUUUCGAUUUACGUUUUAAUAUCGGAGCACCGGAAGUGGAUCGUCGCCAACCGAAAGCAUCUCGCUUGGACCCUACAAGAGCACCAGCGCAACGACAACCGGAACAAAGGCCAUAUCCUGUCUACGAACCACCUCCAACUAAAGCAAUCCAUUCACUUAAACGUGAUCCUAUAGAGGAAGUACAGUCCAUCCAUAGGCCCGUUUACGUUCCACCGCCACCAACUGCUAGCUCAACGACCACUAGAGUACCACUUUCCGAGUAUCCAACAACUAUAGCCCGUCCCCUAGGAACGCCACAACCCACGGUACGCAAGGAAGACAUUAAUGUCCAGCAACAUCUGGACGCACUCAAGCUUAUGUUAUCCCCAUACAUGAAGGAACACAAGCAGGGGGUGGAAUUGAACGCCACAAAAUUGAGCACUAUGAUGACGACUACCACGACCACUACUGAGGAGCCACCUGUGGUGCAAGUGAUAGGAUUGCCACCACCGACACCACGUGGUAGUAAGUCAACCGUUGCAGCACCGUACAGCCUCCUUCCGACUCCUGGCGAAGUGAAUGAGUUCUUCUACGGUGCUUCGGAUCCGGUUCCAUUGGCAUCCUGGCCACUUCCUCCGCCGUACAUCAUGGAACAGCCAACCCCUCCACCAGAGUCAGUUGUUUAUCCGAUCUACCGUAGGCCAACCACCACGACCACGACGACUACGACGACUACCACCAGUAAGCCUCCUGCCGUGCGCAGUCGAUUCGGGGACAAUCGUCCCAAUCCAUGGCAACCAAUGAUAGUUCCUCAUGCAACGACAACCCGAGCACCGACAACGACGACAACAACGACGGUGAGAACGACGACGACAACACAGGACCCUUGCUACGGUAAGUUCGUCUGUGGGAACGGAGUGUGCAUCGACGAGGCGGAAGUUUGCGACGGAAAGGACGGCUGUGGCAAUCGGGCCGAUGAAAAAGUAUGUGAUCAUAUCGGUUACGAACUGAAGCUUUCGAAAAAGGCCCAAGGAAACGUGCAGGUGAAGGUGUACGAUCGUUGGGGGUACGUCUGUGACGACAGCUUUGGAAUCGAUGCGGCAAAUGUGGUAUGCCGUGAGGCUGGCUACGAGGGUGGAGCAAUGGAGGUGAAACCACACUCACAUUUCCCGCCAAAUGCAACCGAUCCGAGCGGGGAUGAGGAUGGGCCGUUCUUCAUGAUGGAUGCCGUCCGAUGCCAUGGAAACGAAAGUUCAUUGCGAGAGUGCAACUUUAAUGGGUGGGGUGUGAGCGAUUGCAAUGCUGAAGAAGUGGUGGGAGUGGUGUGCCGAACGCCCAUCAUGACUUGUCCGCAGGAUUACUGGCUGUGUCACGCGUCAGAAGAGUGCAUUCCGCUGCAGUUCCUAUGCGACAACGUGCGGGACUGUGCGGAUGGGUCGGACGAGUUGCCAGAUCACUGCAAGGCUCCACUAGCCGUCCGUUUGGCGGGCGGUCCGAAUGAUCGCGAGGGACGCGUGGAGAUCAACUACCAUGGAACGUGGGGAACGGUGUGUGAUGACGACUUUGGGGUGCGCGAGGCGAGAGUUAUUUGCCGUCAGCUAGGAUUCAACGGAACGGCGGAGGUUAGAAAGAACGUUUAUCCGCCCGGUUCGGGGCAGAUUUGGCUCGAUCAGGUGGCUUGCAAUGGCACGGAAACGUCGAUCGAGCACUGUGUCCACUGGCACUGGGGCCAGCAUAAUUGUGGUCACUCGGAGGACGUCGGUGUGCGGUGCGGCGUGUAUGUACCGACCAAACCAAGAACGGCACGGUUACGGAAUACUCGACCGAAUCCUCGAUUCGAUUUCGUCGAGCGUUCGCGCAAAAUUCAUCCCGACAGCUGUGGCCGGGUGAUGGUUGAUCCGACCCUUCGGAAACCCACCUACGGUGCUCGGGUUGUCCACGGUUCCGAGACAGUGUACGGCCACCAUCCAUGGCAGGCUUCGCUACGUGUGAAAACGCUUCACUGGUGUGGAGCGGUGUUAAUCACGCGAUACCACGUCCUCACGGCAGCCCACUGUCUGGUCGGGUACGCGAAAAGUACUUACCGGGUGCGCAUCGGAGACUACCAUACGACCGCGUACGAUCAAGCCGAGAUGGACAUUUUCGUUGAGAACACGUAUAUCCACGAGCAGUUCCGUCAGGGUCACCACAUGAGCAACGACAUCGCGGUCGUUGUGCUUAAGACGCCAGUGCGCUUCAAUAACUACGUGCAACCGAUCUGCCUGCCAGCGCAGAACGCGCCGUACGAGGCGGGCAAAAACUGUACCAUCUCCGGAUGGGGUGCCACCGUAGCGGGAUCGAAAGAUUCUUCCUUUGACUUGCGUGCUGGAAUUGUUCCCCUGUUACCGGAUAGUGUCUGCCGGCAGCCCGAAGUUUACGGGGACUCGUUGAUCGAUGGCAUGUUUUGUGCUGGUACGCUCGAGCCCGGUGUUGACUCGUGCGAUGGCGAUUCCGGUGGGCCCUUGGUAUGCCCUAACAGCGAUGGCACUAAUGUCCUAACCGGUAUCGUCUCGUGGGGAAAGCACUGUGGCUACGUGAAUAAGCCGGGAGUUUACUUGAACGUGGCCUACUAUCGAGACUGGAUCGAGCAGAAGCUCAACCAAUCGCUGCACCAGCAUGGAGUUUAA